UCUGGCGUGAAGAGGGCAAGUGAGUAGUCUGGCAGUGGUUAGAUUGCGGUGAGAAUGUCGGUACAAGGAGGGAUUGAAAGAUGAAUGCGAGAUAAUAGAAGGGUCGAUUGCUUUGUGAGAGUCGGGAAAGUUACCUCUGUGGAGAGUUUCGGCGAGGGAGAGGGAGAGGAGGUGGGAUGGUUCUAGAGGCCUUUUGAGGAAGGCGUGGUGGAGGGUGCGCUCGCGGUGAGUUGUUCCGUCGGGCGAUCUAAAAGAUCGUUGGGAGGUUCUAGGUCAGCCUCUUAUGUCAUCGUUGCCCCUCCCUCAUCAUCGUUGGGAUUGCAAUGAUCGGAAUCUAGUCAUUCUUCUAAAGGUUUGCGCAGGUGUUCGCUCGGGUGGAAUCCGUCGAGACUCCGGCAGUUGUUUGUCGUAGAACUUGGUGGGGGAGACGAGGCCGAGGGAAUCACUGCGUAGUGGAAGCCAUCUCUUGUUUAAGAAUUUGGAAGGUCUGGUGCACAAGCAACUUUAACGAGGCGAUCUAAAAGAAAGACAAAAGAUUUUAGUUGCUACAUUCGAUUUGCGCUUGGAUUGCGUGUUGGAAAUUGAGCAGAUCGCAUCAUGAGCGGGUGUGGAUCAGGAAGCUGUCAAGGAAGAGAUGGAAAUCUUGCUCCAUACAAUUACUACGGGCCGCCACCGGGCAGUAACAAUUAUGUCGUCAACAGCAAGAUUAUGGUCGUGGCUGUCGCGGUUCUCUUCGCUGUCGUCCUCUUCAUCCUCUGCCUCCACAUCUACGCCAAGUGGUUCUGGCGCAAUCAAGGUGCCAUCGUCGCAAGCGAUGGCACCUUGCGUACGUUAUCAUGGCGAAGACGCCGUUACACUGUCCCUGUGAACGCUACUCCGGUGACGCAGGCAGUGGGGCUUGAGCGGGCUGUUAUUGAAGCUCUGCCCACUUUCGAAUUCGACGGUGAGAGGGCAAAGCGUGGGUUCGAGUGCGCGGUUUGUUUGGAAGAAUUUGAGUUGGGUGAGAAAGGCCGCACGUUGCCGAAGUGUGACCAUAGUUUCCACUUGGAUUGUAUUGACAUGUGGUUGCACUCGCACUCGACAUGCCCGUUGUGUCGCACGAGUGUGGGAGCUGAUGAAACUGAGAAGAAGACCGAGGCCGCCACCGUGAUGCAGAUAAGCGAGCCUCCUCAGAUGGAAGCGCCCGUUAUGGGUGACGUAGGAGCGCCGUUCAUGGCGGCCAUGCGAGCUUCCAGGAGGAGCCAACGGAGCCGGGGACAGUUGCCGGCGUUGAAUAGUUCCCCAAGAGGCAAUAGUUUGCCCCGCACUGCGGAGGAUCAGGGCGGGGAGAAUCAUCGCCGAAGUGGUACGUCGGAAACGGCCGUUGCGGUUGAUCAGCAGCAAAACAUAAAAGAUUACGAGACACCGUCCGGAAUCCCGUCCAAUGUGUUAUUCUGGGGGAAUCAUGCGCAGAUGAGCAGUGCAGGUGCAGGAGGGAGUGCAGAAGCGAGGGCGGCGUCCAGUAUUCGUGCGCCGUUUCAGGUUACUAUCGACAUUCCGAGGUCUGGUCCAGCGGCUGUCAGCAAUUCGUCGAAUGUUUUGUCGCCGAUGGCGCGUGCUUCAGCGAGCUUCCGACGUUUGUUGAGCCGAGGGAAGAGUGUGGUGUCGCCCCAAACUGGAGAAGAUGGUGUUGACGAGGGCGGGCCUUCUUCUUCACCCCGUCCACCACCACCACAUGCCUGAGGAUUUCGUGAGCAGGUGCUGUUAAAGUGGAAAUUUUAUUCUGGAAGAAAACUGAUACUUCCCUGGUAGACAUAAAUGCCCGACCAUGCAAAGGAUUUUGUGGGAUUUGCACCUGAUAUCAACCAAGCUAUCUAGCGAACGUCACGAUUGCGUUGAGUGUUACCCGGCGAAAUCCCUAAGCCUACAUCGCCGAUUACGAUGCGCACUUUCCUCAGUAAGGUCAACCUUCGCAUUGAGGAGGAAAUCGGCGCUUUAGUGCCCACAAAGCAUGCCCUUAGAUCCCAGAUGUGGAAUUGCAAUGGGAAUUGAGAGCAGGGUACACUGCAAGUGCGUUUUAGGAUGUGAAGUGUGAGCAUUGGAGAUCUGCGUCUCUGCCGAUUAGGUCAGGUCAGCAUCACAUUUGACACUGGAGAUGCAAAAUAGUAGCUAUUCCUUCUUCACUUCUUCCGAUGGUGUACCGUAGUGUAAUAUAUAGCGCUAGAUGUGCAAUAAGACGCCACAGUCUGAGGCUCAAGAUGUAAUAUAGAUCAUGCACGAAGCAGUUAAGCAUCUCUAGGUUAGGAGAUUGAAUGCCACAGUGCUUCAGUAACAUGUAGAGUUGUAAAUAAACGGGAAAUCGCCUUCUGCAAGGCAUCUCACUGACACGAACCUAGUGAACAUAUCAAGGUAAUUGCCAUUUUACGAUAACCAGCUUAUUGCAAGGCAAGCGCCACAACUGAUUUUACGGCCACGGAAAUUUUUACCCAUUUUCGCCA